AUGACUAUCAGGAAAGUUAGAUUUGUUACUCCUGAAUGGGCCUACUCUGGCAAUAACACCUCUUUGUUCAAACACGGCGGCAAUAUCGACGAGAGUCCGGCAGCGCCACAUGGUGCUCUGGACGUCGAUCCCAUCACCUGGUGGGGUGCUUAUGUGCCAUUGGAGUUAUGGACUCCUCCCAAGUUGAGAAAAUCAAAGUUCAAAGGAGUAGUUGGAUUGGAGGACUAUCCGAGCUUCAAAAAAUACAAUUUCGACAACAAAUGUCUCACCGAUCAUGAAGAGACAGACGAUCCUCUCACAAAGAGAGAGAAAGUAUACCAACUGUGCUUCAAUGGCCACUUUGACAAAGUGACAAACAUGCUGUCCGACAUGUAUUGCAUCGUAUCCAUGCAUGUUGCCACCAGAGUUUUGCCACCGAAAUGCACCACCGACGAAACUGACCAUGAUCCCUAUGAUUGUGGAUGGGAAGAGCCCGGUUUGGGGGAGUUGUCGGAAGAUCCAAACACCUGCCGAUUGGGUCAUCCUAUCCAUGAUCUAGGCACCGCGGAUUCAAGUGAAUCGGCGGCAAAUGCCUAUGACUGUGGAUGGGACAAUCCGAUGCCUGAUUCAGGCAUCACGCUGGUGGGUGAGUCAGGGCACAAUUGGCACAAUCAAUAUGAUUGCGGAUGGGAUGAUCCUAUGGACCAUGAACUCAUCAUGGAAUUCAGUGAGUCGGCCGCGGAUGCCUAUGAUUGUGGUUGGGAUAAUCCUACAGAUGAUAAGGAUAUCAUGUCCUUGGGUGAGUCGGGGGAAGAUGAGUAUGACUGCGGAUGGGGUGAUCCUAUGGAUACCAACCCACUACCCCCAGCUUCGCGCUGUGGGGAUGUGCUUCACAAUGACGAAUCCAUGGGCAAAGAUCCGUAUGACUGCAGAUGGGAUGACCCAGAGUUGGAACCAACACUGACAGGUGAUGAGGAUAUGAUUGACAUAGUGUCUUCCGGUGUGCCAGCAGGUGCACCCGGCUCAACUGCAGGAAAUGAAUGUAAUGUAUUCCAGCAUGCGCAAAAUUUUACGCGAUGCGCCAUCCGACAACUACGCAGUAUUCAGGAUCAAGAUAUUCAUUCUUCCAUUGAUUAUAUGAUUCCAACUACCGAGGGUGUCUGUGAUCCCAUGCCAGCAUCGACACCAGUGGCAAUCCGAGGUGAUACAAAGGAAUAUGGAGGUGCAAUAGACAAAGUAACGGAACUAUAUGAGGACAUUGCAGCUGUUCACCAUUUACUGAACGUCCACCGCCGGAUCAUGGAGCAACUGGACGAUAUGAUAGUAAUCCAUGCUCAAGCCACAUAA